UUUGUAUCCAUUUAUCAGCAGUAAUAAUAAGAAUUGAAGUUACCAGUGGUGGUUUGUUUUUCGUUUAAAAAUUCGACGUGCCAUUCGAGAUUUAAUUGGAAAUAUCACAAAACACAGAGAAAAUGUUUUCCAGCAUUAUCAGUUUGGCUACUAGGUGCAGAGUGCUUGUACCUACAGUAUUCUCUUUUAAUAACUACACUGUCUUCCUCGGUAUUCUGUCUCGGCCAUUUUACAUCCAUACCUGUGACUACUGUGAAAAGGGGAGUACGGGUCUGAUUCAUAAGCAAAGGGAGAAGUGUGCUGAUACAUGCAAGAUGGUACAUCAUGGUCCCCGGCCUCUUGUUAUAUGUGGGCCAUCAGGUUCAGGAAAAUCAACAUUAUUGCAGCGUCUCUUUGCUGAGUUCCCACAUAAAUUUGGAUUCUCAGUUUCACACACCACAAGGAGUCCAAGGCCAGGAGAGGUUGAUGGAAAACAUUACCAUUUCACUACCAAGGAAGCCAUGACAGAAGCCAUUGCGCGUGGAGAAUUCAUUGAAUCAGCAGAGUUCUCUCAAAACAUUUAUGGUACAAGUAAGGCGGCAGUGCAUGCUGUGCUGUCAGAGGGGAAGGUGUGUGUUCUUGAUAUAGAUAUGCAGGGAGUUAAAAAAGUGAAGCAGUUAGACAUGAAUCCACUUUACAUUUUCAUUAUGCCUCCCUCCGUGGAGGAACUCGAGAGUAGACUGAGGGAGCGUGGGACCGAGACAGCAGAGAGCCUUCAGAGACGAUUGGAUGCUGCCAGAGAAGAGAUUGAGUAUGGAAACACGCCAGAUAACUUUGAUCUUGUGGUGGUGAACCACUCGCUGGACAAAGCCUAUGCUAGCCUGCGUGAGUUUGUUGUGAGAGAGCUGGGGAAUGACAAAGUUGAUGGGGGGUGCAGUGACUAGAGUGAAGUACAGCGCAGACAGCGAGAGCUGGUGUCACAUCACCCCUUCCUUGAUGUUGGUGCAAUCAUUCUGCCUCUGCAUGAAAGCUGACAGGCCCCACCAACACCACUAACACUGUGUCAUGCUUGAUACAUGUCCACCCCUGUUGUGCUUGACCUAACCCGGCCGGUACGUAUCCCUCAGAGCAGAGAGGCUGGAGCUCUAUCCUCACUUGCAAUUUCUGUGUGCAUGAGAGGUGGAGCCAGUGUUUAGUACCAUGUUCCUUUUUUACUUCAUUCUGUGGAUCAUUUUACAUGUUCAGUAUGAUACUUAUUUAAAAUGCCUCAGUUUAAUGAUUUCUUUACCUAAGGUUACUAUUCAGCAGUACAGAGUAAGAUUUCCAAAAUGAAGGUUAUGUAAGAUUUGAAGUUUUCACAAUGAAUAAAUGUGUUAAGAUCUCAGGUAAUCAGCUGUGCCAGUGUUGAGUUAAACACUGAUAUUUCAGAGAUAUCCUCCAUGUCAUGUCAUCUCUGAUGAUGGAGACAGAGAACAUGUCUGAAACACUGGUAUUUAACUCAACUUGGACACAUAGCUGAUUGCCCAAAAGAACUGUAGCACAUUAAAGGUUUUCUUUGGUUUUGUCUUCAACUCUGUUGCUGUAAGUAGGGAUGUUAAUGUGCACGAGAAAGUCCUUUGAUGAAGGGAAAUGGAUGCAGUAAGGGCUGAGACUGCGGAGUGAUUUUACUUCUGCUUGUUAACUCCUUCACUGCAUUUAAGAAGAAAUUGGACUGUGCAGUUUACGUUUAGUUGUUGAGAGCAGCAGUGGACACUGGCUGUUCCAUUGGAAAGGUAGUGUCUGGUAGAAUGUUCUGCAGUACUGGGCACACAGAUUGUAAUACAUGUUUUAUUUGCAUUUAAUUAUUCCAUUAUUUUUGAACACUGGAUUAAAAAAUCUUAAGUGAGGUAGAAAAUUAGAAGGGACUGCAACUGGUAAGGAACAUAAAAGGAAUGGGAUGAUAUAGGAGUGUGGCAUUUGUAACCCAGAAAUUGUGUUUAUGAUGAGGCAACAGUAAUGCUCGUCACUUAGCUAUAUUCAUCCAUUGGAAACUUAUUUUUCAUUGUAAGGAGGUCUACAUGUCCUUAUUGCUCUCAUGAGUGAUGAUGUGCAUGUGUGCGCGCUGUCACACAUGAGAGAGAUUAUGUGAGAGCCUUCAGAUGAUGCUGUAGCUGGUCCAGUGUGAGAGGGACAUACUACUCACAUUGACUUGCACUGAGUGUAUAGAGACUUGCGGAAAAGUGAACAGGCUGGCAGUCUGUACACACCACAGUUUCCCUCAAAAUUAUCCCAGUAAAUCUUUCCAUAGCUGCCAUGAAGCAGGCAUGUACAUUAUAUGCCUGUUAAUCUCAAGUUCUUGUUACUGUAGAAUAUUCGCUCAUAUUCUUUCUGUGGAAAUGGCAUCUGAGAGUAACACAUUGAAAUAGGUGUUCAUGUAUGAUACUCAUGUGAACUGUAAGGAAAAUGUUUCAGCAUAAAUUUCAGUAUGGCAGAGUUGUAAACAAAAAACUGCUCAUGCAGUUGUAAAUAAAUUUCAACAGAUAAAGUCAUUAUUAAAUGAAAAGAACUGUAUCAAAAUGAGUAGAAAUUGGAUGAAAUAGAUUUACACACCUUGCACAGGAGACUGGAGGCUAAGGUUUGCUUUAUUUCCAAAAUGGGACUUAACAUGUGAAUAUUUUGUGGAGGUUGACAUCAGGAAUCAUUUCUGGCAUCCACUGUUGACAUGUGGGUUUGCCGAUUGCACCUGGGUCCAAGCUGAUGUGUGGAGCUGAUGCCUCUUCUGGACAGGCUGAGCAGUAUGCUGGAAGCUGUGAGACUUCCUCUAGCCGUGACCCAUCUGCACGGGUAUUCAGUCAUUGGUUCUUCUGUUUAUUUUUACGAUGCCAGUGGUUGAAGCAUUUCUCUUUUGUUCAAAAUCUUAGAUAGAUAAACUGGACAGCAGAAGCUAAUUUAUGUUACAGAAGACUUACAACAGCAAAUUUAGGGCAGUGAGUUGUAAAAAUCUGUUAUAUGAUAGUAUAAUUUCAUGAACCCUCAUUGGUCACAUUUAUGUGUGUCCUUGUACAUUUAUUGGUUCUGAUACCUAGUCAGGUGUUUUUUGUAUUCAGUUUGCUUUAUUUAACUUAAAUUUGGAAUGGGGACAUGAUCAGGAUAAGCUAGCAAUAACUGUUUGUCUGUUUAUUGUGAAGGGCUUUUAAUGGAGAAUGUCUGUGUUCCCAAACCAUAACAUGUGAUACUCAUCUGCUUGUAUUUAUUUUGAGUUGUAAGUGAAGACAAGGUGUACUUGUUCAUCAGUAGUCCCUAAGUUAACAAUGGCAAUACAAUUGUAUGUAUAUUAAAAAUCUUAGAUAGUAAAUGUUUAAAUGUUAAAAUUAAUUGUUAUUAUGUUACAGAAACCAUUCCAUAUAACCACUCUUCAAAGUGGUUGAAAUAAAAUGAAUAGAAACUGUA